AUGGCGACCUCUCGUGAUGCUCCGAACCCCCUAAGGCCCUACUAUAUCCCGCCAUCUAUUGGGCCCCCUCCCGAUGUUCCGCAGAACCAGACAAGCUCGUCAUUACCGCCCGCUUUGAAGCCCAGUGCCAGUAGUAAAUCAAGUCUCGGCAGUCAGGCACGCGACAUUCUGUCCGAUCUCGACUAUGACUCGUACUUUCCAGAGACGUCGCCUUCAGUAGCUGGGCAUGCAAAGAAGCUGCUCGACCAUGCCUUGUGGAAUUACACAAGCGUCCUGUUAGCCCAACCAUUCGAGGUUGCGAAGACGAUAUUGCAGAUACACGAGGCAAAGGGACAACUAGCAGGCUUGGAGGGAGAUGUGCUCGGCCACAAGAGCAGGCCUCAGAGCUUCGCGAGCGGAAAGUUUGAGGAUUAUCCGCCCUCAGACGAGGAGUCGGACGAGGACUCGCCGUCAUACUUCACAUCUACUGCACCGCGUAUGAACCCCACCUCACCCUCGCCAUACUCCCCUUCCGUCGAACAAUCGAGGUCCCCACGGAGGCGCCAGAGACGUCUCGAUAGCCGGUCACGGUCACGAACACCCACACGACCCCCACCAUCCGCCAUACGCAAACUAGACCUCAAACGACCAGACUCGCUUCUUGAAGUGAUAGCACAGCUAUGGCAGAAGGAGUCGGCGUGGGGGGUGUGGAAGGCUACAAACUGCACUUUCAUCUACAAUUUCCUGCUUAAGACGACUGAGGGAUGGUUCAGGAGUCUGAUCUCGGCCCUGCUGAACAUACCAGACCCAGGCCUGGUAGGAUCAGCAGGAAGCGGCAUAGGAGGUUUGGAUAUACUGGAUAGCCCAAGCCCACUGACCUCACUCGGUGUUGCUGUCGCAGCUACGGCCAUCGCGGCCACCCUCCUCGCACCCCUCGAUAUGGUGCGCACCCGCCUCAUCAUCACACCCAUCUCCUCUUCCCCACGAUCUAUAUACCCUUGCCUCUCUCUUCUUCCCUCCUUCUCUGUCUCACCCAGCCUCCUUCCGGCUACCAUAAUGCACGCAUGUGUGCCCACACUUAUCUCCUCCUCAACACCUCUCUUCCUCCGCUCGACACUGAGCAUCGACCCGAUCCUCACGCCUACCACCUACUCCUUCAGCACAUUUCUCUCCUCCACAACUGAGCUAUUCGUCCGCCUGCCUCUUGAAACCGUUCUCCGGCGCGGCCAGGUCGCUGCCCUGCAGGACCACGAAACCCAGCGUCUAGCUUCUGAGUACCAGAUACCUCCUAGCCGGGCUAAAAGCCCGGCCUAUGGUCUGGAUAAGCCGAGCUCCGAUCAGAGCUUCAAGACGAUCGUGGACCCAGGUCAAUAUAGGGGUGUUCUGGGUACUAUGUGGUUCAUCGCUCGCGAGGAAGGCAUCUCAGUUCAGACCGCAAAUGCUGCCAAGGCCGCGAGUGCAAAGGCAAUGGGCUUCUCAAGGCCGCCGCGCACAAGGAAGGGUCAGGGCGUGCAUGGUCUAUGGAGAGGAUGGAGAGUGGGUGUUUGGGGUUUGGUGGGCAUCUGGGGCGCUGCCGCCCUUGGAGGUGGCGGCGGUGAAUUCUAG